AUGACACUCUCUGAUCGACUUCCUUGGGAUAGCGAUAAGCCGUUAAGCUUAUCUCAGUUACUAAAGCAGUCCAUGAAGGCUGUAGACACCAUUGUUUCCGAUCCUUCCGUGCUCGAUAAAAUGGCUACUCAUCUCAAUGGUCUUUUACGAGAAACGGAGCAGGAAUCGACACGGCAAAUCGAUCAAGCGUUGGAUUUAUUUGAUAAAUUGUUCCUGAAUGCAGAAAAAGCCAUGUCAUCUAACGCAGAUAAACAUGUGGUGUCCGUAUUAAGACAGCAGAUGUGUAGCUUUAUUGGGAUUACGCUUGGUGUAAAAGAAUUCUUGGACCAUCAACAGGAGCAACAGCAAGCUCCCAAUGUAGAAAUGAAUAGUGACGAUGAGGAUGAAGGAGUCAAAAAACUUUCUUUGAAUGCGGCUUAUGAGAGUCAUCAGAACAGAGCUUGGGGCGAAAACAAAUCUUAUUACGAGCAGAAUAACGUAGAUAUCUACGCUGCUGAAAAGGCCGAACAUGAAAAAUUGAAACAGCAGUUGGAAGAAGAUGAGAGAUACUACGAACGUAAACUUGCUGCCGAAGAAGAAGAAGAAGAAGAAGAAGAAGAAGAAGAUGAUGACGAUGAAGGCGACAACGACAACGAAGAAGAUGAAUAUGAAGACGAGGAGGUGGUUGUGGAUGAAGUUCAAAUCAGUUCCCGUGAGAUCGGUUCCCGGGAGAUAGUUUCGCGCGGCCUCGGUGACGAUGAUGGCUUCAAAGUUGUUACGCAUCGUCAAAAGAAAAAGAAGAAAGGCACAGUCAUUAGCACCAACUUUACUUACAGCAACUAUAGGAACAGAAAUGACAGAGACGACAAUAGCAGAAGACCGCCACCUCGUCACCGUAUACGCGUUCGAGAAUUCUGCCCUGACUAUUUGGAGCGCUUGCCAAGCGAAACAUUUUGCAUCCCUGUCUUUUUCCCUUCUGAAGAAAGUUAUGCUCUGUUCCAAUCUGCUUUGUCAACUGCUAAAGAAACUCUUUAUAUAUGCGUCUAUUCAAUGACUGACAAUGAUACCGCUGAUAUAUUGGUAGAUGCCAAAAAACGCGGAGUAGACGUCAGAGUGAUCACGGACAAUGACCAAAUGGAUGUAGCCAAAGGCUCAGAUGUAGUACGACUAAACGAGCAAUUCAAUAUCCCCUUCAAGCACGACAAUAGUGAACAAUUCAUGCACAACAAAUUUGCUGUGAUAGAUAAUAAAACGAUCAUCACAGGCAGUUUCAAUUGGUCCAUAGGUGCACGUUACAGGAAUAGAGAAAACAUCGUUGUUACAAACAUUCCAUCUGUGGUUCGAGCUUUCGCCGACGAAUUUCACAGGCUCUGGCAAAUCUAUUAG